AUGAAAGUCGAUUUAAAUAAGUUUUAUGAGAAUAAUCAAAAGUUUAAUAGUGAUGAUUAUGUAUUUAGAUUUGAGGUUAUUGAAACAGAUAAACAUGCAGCACCUGUAUUAGGAUUAGAAUCCUGUGAAAAACUUAAAUUAGUUAAUAGAGAACCAGCAAUAAACGCUAUUAGUUCAAAUGAUUCAGUUGAAUGUACAAUGAAAAAUCAGUUUGCUGACGUUUUUGAAGGUUUAGGGUCAAUAGACAUCAAACCUUGUGAUUUUAAAAUUAAAGAAAAUUAUGAUCCGGUAGUUGUACCAUGUAGACGAGUAGCAUUCCAGCUAGUAGAACCACUAAAAAAAGAGUUAAUGCGCAUGGAAAAUGAUGAUAUCAUUUCCAAGGUAACAAAACCAACUGAAUUUGUUCAUCCCAUAGUGAUCGUUCAGAAGAAACAAUUAGGUCAAAUUAGGGUAUGUUUGGAUCCUAAAUAUUUGAAUAAUGUUUUAGUACGGGAAUAUUAUACAAUACCGUCAUUUGAGGAAAUAACAAGCGAAAUGAAAGGUACGAAAUACUUUAGUGUAUUAGACGCGAAUCAGGGUUUCUAUCAAAUUAAAUUGUCUAAUAAAGCUUCAUUAAUGACCACCUGUUGGUAUGUGGGUCACAUUUUUAAUGAGAAUGGAAUUAGUCCAGAUACAGACAAAAUUGAGGCAAUUAAAAAAAUCCAAUCCCCAGAAAACAAAGAUAGUUUACGUAAAUUUAUGGGUAUGGUUACUUAUGUUUCAAGAUUUAUUCAAAAUUUAGCAAAAAGGACUCACAAUAUGAGACAGUUGUUAAAACAGAACAUAAUUUUUGAGUGGUCAAAUAUUCACCAAAAAGAGUUCUUAAACUUAAAAGAACUGUUAAUGAACAGUCCAGUAUUACAUUUCUAUGAUAGAAACAAACCUAUAGUACUAAGUGUCGAUAGCGGAAAGGAUGGGAUGGGGGCAGUUAUUUUACAGGAUGAUGCUCCUAUAGUUUAUGCUUCAAAAUCAUUAACACCUUCACAACAAAACUAUUCGCAAAUAGAAAAGGGAACAUUAGCAAUACUUUUUGGAUGUAAAAGAUUUCACCAAUAUCUUUUUGGAACUAAAUUUACCGUAGAAUCAGAUCAUAAACCUCUUGAGUCAAUAUUCAAAAAACCAGUUGACAAAGUUCCUUUUAGAUUACAACGUUUAUUACUGAAUUUACAAACGUAUGAUUUCGUAGUAAAAUACAAGUCAGGAAAAAAAUUAUUUUUUGCGGAUCACUUAUCCCGUAAUAGCUAUGACGAUCCAAAUUUUGAAAUAAAUGAUACGGAAAUAGACAAACAAAUAAAUAUGAUCAAUUAUGUUAAUGUAACACCAAAACGUUUGGAAAUUAUUAAGUUUGAAACAAGCAAAGAUAAAGAGUUACGAGACCUAUUAAAAGUGGUUAAAGAUGGUUGGCCACAAGUUAAAAACACUUUGGAUAAUACACUCAAACCAUAUUGGCAAUAUAGAGACGUGAUUGUGGAAGUUGAUAAACUUUUGUUUUUGAGUAAUCGAAUUAUAAUACCAAAAUCUUUGCGUAGGAACAUAUUAACAAAAUUACAUUACAGUCACUUGGGAAUCACAAAAACGUUAGGUAGAGCAGCCGAAUUAGUUUUUUGGCCAAACAUGACUUUAGAUAUUAAAAAUAUGAUUCAAGCCUGUA